GGUCUAGUGGCUUUGUUGACAGAUGGCCUACUUUCUCAUUUUUCAUAUGUUUCUUCAGACAAGUGAUGGUCCUGGGUCACGGUCAGGUGCAGUCAAGCUAUGUGAAGAUCCUCCAUCGCCAGCCACCAAUGCUAUUCCCAAGUUAAUUGGAGCAAGCAAUGUCCCUAUAGAUUGUAAUGAAACAUCUUGUGUUGGGAGUAUCCCCUCCUGUUAUGCCCCCCUUCAGCUCAAAAUUGGUGUCGCCAGGCAGGGGGGCAACACCCUUGCCAAGCAGCACACAGUGGCACCCAGUGAAGGUUUCAACUCUGGCGAUACCAAGCAACCAGGACUCCCAAAGCAAAAAUUCACUUCAGUGGACCAGUCCCUCAAGAGCCACAAUAACGAAAACCUUCUUGCAGCCGACCUCUCCAACAAGCAUGUCUCCUCCAGCAAAGCCACAAUCACAAACCAACUAGAUGGUGAUAAAGUCACUCAUAAGAAGAGGAAGUCUGUAAUUAGAGGGAUGAAUAAUAAGGCAGACCCCACAAGUAGCACCAAUACCAAGCCCCGACUCUCAUCGUGCAGUCAGCAGCUGCGGACGUCCUCUUAUGAGCUGCAGGCCAAGUGUUCAUGAAUCCUGGAAGUAAUAUACCAGUCUUCCCUAAAUGAACUAAAAGUAUGAAUUCUCACUGCGAAAAAAAAAAAAAAAAAAAAAAAAAAAGCCUACAGUUGUUGAUAUGGCUUCGCUUGCCAUUUUGUCAGCAUGUACCAUUCUGUUUCAAAAGAAAUCAGAAAUUUUAACAGUAAAUUUGACUUCUUGCCAGCAUAUUUAAU